AAUAGUGCAUCCGUGUACAAUUCAAACACCAUUCCAUACGAAAACAAGGAAGCACACUGAUUGGUAUUGAUUGAGAGCAGUUCAAAAUUAGUGGAUAUUCGAUUCGAACGGUAUGUCCCAAAACUCAUGACGAACCAUAGUCAACAGAUAAUCACGAUAGAUAACUUGGCUGAGUGUCUUCUCAUUUGUGCAGCGAAUGCAAAGUUCUGCGGGUCCGUAUUCGAUUUCUCGGCAAUUAGAAGAUACGACAAUGCAGCUCUUGACAAUCACAGUAGUCUGUCUCGUCCUCUACUCACUCUACCGCCUAUACAGAUACUACUUCCACUUCAUCCGCCCACUGACACAGAAAUCGGCCUCCCUUCCCUACCCUCCAAAACACUGGUUAUUCGGGAACCUUAUCGACCAUCCGGGGGUCAACGAGGGCUGUCUCUACUGGUGGUUAGCAGCUGUUGCCAAAUGUGGGAAGAUCUUCCGCCUCUUUCACGGACUUGAACCACAGCUUUAUCUCAGCCAUCCGGACUCUGCGAAAGAAGUCCUACGUUCAAGUGAGCCUAAACCGUUGAAUAUCCCAGGCUACGGUACCCUUCUGCCCUGGUUAGGCCGCGGUCUUGUCGUCUCAGAAGGCGAACAAUGGCAUCGAAACCGUCGUCUGCUCACUCCAGUUUUCCAUUUUGAAAUGCUCAAGAAAUAUUUAAAGGUAUUUAACGUAACUGCAGAUAAAAUGGUCCAGCGAUGUGGUCUUAUCGCGCAAGAUGGGAAACCAUUCGACAUCUUUCAGCCAGCUGGUCUAUUCAGCCUAGACACCAUCCUCCGUUGUGCCUUCUCGUACGACCUUGACAUUCAGGAACUUGGCGAAAGCCAGCCAAUUGUAAAGCUAUCGCAUGAAGCAGUGACCAUUGGUCUCAAGCGAUGCUUUAACCCAUUUUAUUGGCCGGAAAUUAUUUGGUGGUUGUCGCCUUUGGGAAGAAGGUACAAGGUCGUCUGUAAGGAGUUUAACGAUAUCUCACGAGAUAUAAUAAGCGCAAGAAAACAGGAACUUGAAGAUUCCGACAAAUACAACAUGGAGAAGAAGGUUCAUCAUGAUUUUCUAGAGAUCCUUUUAAAGGCUCGGGACGAGGACGGGAAUGGUUUGACCGAAGAUGAGAUCAGGGCCGAGGUGAAUACCUUUAUGUUCGCUGGUCAUGACACCACUUCAAGCGCCAUCUCAUGGACAUUGUACCAAUUGGGAAAGCAUCCAGAACACCAGGCAAAAUGCAGGACAGAGAUCAACAGCAUCAUGCAGGGACGCGAAGGAGACGAGAUGGAAUGGGAUGACAUCACCAAGCUAACCUACCUGACGAUGUGCAUCAAAGAAACCAUGCGGCUGCAAACCACUGUUCCUAUGAUUUCGCGAUACACUACCAGAGAUCUCGAAAUCAAUGGUCACUUGAUACCGAAAGGAAUGUUGGUCAACAUCAUGCUGUUUGUCAUCCACAUGCAACCGGAUGUUUGGGUGGACCCAGAAACUUAUAGACCGGAUCGAUUCCUUCCAGAUGAGGUCGCAAAGAGAGACACCUAUGCCUUUGUGCCAUUUUCUGCCGGCCCACGGAAUUGCAUCGGUCAGAACUUUGCCUUGAAUGGAAUGAAAGUCGUUCUUUCGAAACUUAUCCGAAAUUUCCGGAUUGGAUUGGACGAGACACGCCCACCUAAGAGGUUACCUGUAGCUGUUUUGAAGACUGAAAAUGGCCUGUGGUUAACAUUUGAACCUCUCAAUGUAGAUUAGAUGGAAAGGAAACUACCGUGUGCAGACAAACAAUAAUUCAAAUUAAAUCAAAUUCGUUCAGGGUCUCAUUUGGUGUAACCUGUCUGACUGAACAGAGAAAAUGAGUAUUAGUCUCAAAACGUAAAGACCGAACUCAGCGAGUACUCAAUUGGCGGGAAAGGGCUUUUUUGGCCCAUGGGUUGUGCGUGAAGAAAAUUACGGAUAACACGUUUUCCUUCUAUCUAAGAGCUGAAAUGUCAAACACUUCAGAAAAAUACUUUAUUGACGAUAUCGAAGAAAAAAAAAACAUACUGAGGUAAAAAGUCACUCAAGCCUUUGUGGGGAAAAUUGGGCCAGAUCUUUACUUUAGUUAACUUACGACUGAUGCGAGCACCAACCCCAUCCCCAAUUCACCAACAUGAAUCACAAGCCUAAAUACAAUUCAUGUUGCACCAAACGUUUUUAAAACGAACCAUGGACAGAUACGAAUCAAUUAAAGUUCCUUUAAAAGGAUAUCAAACGGAUGGCAAGUGCUGCAUUUGAAUUGAGCUUUUACACAGUCGACCAGAACUAUAAGGCGAGAGGUUUGACACACAGCGCAGAACGAUGGGGCAACGAUUUAUCAGAGGCUGUGCUUCCCUGUCCUAGGCAUGGGCGGAAACCUGCAAUAGAUGUAGGCUAUUACUCGUAAAAUCCGGUGCAUGAGACAAGGCUGGUCCGGUAUCACACUACAGUAAAUCACAAUCUUAAUUUCUUUAGAUUGUCAAUUAAAAUUAAAGAACAACGAGAUAUAAUAGUA